CCCCCUUACUUCCUCCCCUCUCCUGUUUUCCCACCUUUUCAGUUUUGAGUUUGACCCACCAAAACCCUCCUACAAUCCUUCAAUCUUUAGGGUUUUACAAGGGUUUUGCAGGUUUUGCUCUAUAUAUCCUAUUUCUUUCGCUGAUCAACCCUCUGGGCAUCAUAAAAAUCCGAUCUUUUUUAGCUCAAAAACUGGGUUUUUAAUGGCUAAUCCUCAAGUGGUACCAGGCAUGCAAUUCAUGGGUCCACAACAACCACCACCGCAACCACAACAACCCUUUGGGGAUACAACUUAUACCAAGAUAUUUGUUGGAGGGUUGGCCUGGGAAACUAAGAGUGAUGCUCUUCGCCGGUAUUUUGAGCCGUAUGGGGAGAUUCUUGAAGCUGUUGUCAUCUCUGAUAAGAAUACUGGUCGUUCCAAAGGCUAUGGUUUUGUAACGUUUCGUGACCCUGAAGCUGCAAAGAGAGCUUGUUCAAAUCCAAAUCCAGUCAUUGAUGGUAGGAGGGCUAAUUGUAAUUUGGCUUCACUAGGACGACCAAUGCGGAUUUUGCCAUCCGGGCACAUAAGGUCUGCAGCACCCUAUUUCAGAGGUCCACAAAAUCAAAGUCCCAGGAGCUUGUACGUUGGAAACCCCAUGUAUCAGCUACCACCUACUUAUGGCUACCAACCAGGACUGCAGUUCCCUCCGUAUAGAUACCCCGCUUAUGGACCUGAAUUUUACUAUACUCAGAUGUACGGAGUACCAGGCACUGCUAACCCAACUCCAUUGGUAUAUGGUCAAAUGGGCCAUUCUCCACCUGCCAACCUAGCAUAUACAGCAGUCCGAGGCUACGUGAUGCCAAACCCUCAUGCAUUGCAAUAUGGAAGACCAGUUGUCAGCGGUGUGACCACAGAUAUAGUUUCUGCAAUGCAAACCCCAAACCACCCUGGUAUCCAUGUACCAUCUCCAGGGCCACCACAGAUUAUUGUUCCAACCAGUCCCCCCCAGUUUACUCAGAGCAGUGGAUCUGAUCAAAUGGCCGGCUGAAUGUACUUGAAAAUGGUUUCCUCGAGGUAAUUCUUGACAUGGAGGACUAAGGUACCCAGGUAGCAGGCUUCAAAUCUGACCUUGCAAGUUAACUUCCCUGCAUUCAAGAGGUCUUCUGAAGUCAUGAUCACCAAGGGUACAUCGGAUCAUCCUGUAUAAUAUGAGACUGCUCUGAUACCUUAUAACCAAAAAAAAAAAGGAAAGAAAAAAGAAGCUGCUCCGAUACCCGGAUCAGAAAAGCGAAGGGCGUGGAUUGCUCUUCUGUCAGCAUGUGCAAAGGGCAGUUCUUAAGGGGCAAACUUUUUGAACUUUCCAUUCUGUUUCCUUCUGUUUUUGCUACAUUUAACUGACUUAGGAGGGGUAGCUCCUAUUGCAUCUCUCACUAUCGAGUCUGAUGAGUCCAAAGUGCAUAUUCAAGCUUGCUGUGGCAAGGUGGUCACUGCAACAAUUUUUAGCCGUCUCUCGGCGGGGUUGUACUGUUACAGCUCCAUCCUCUUAUUGUCAUAACUGGAUGAGACGAUGACUGAUUUAACGAGGAUCCAGAGCUCGUGUUGGUCGCAGUCAGUGUAAAACUCUGCACAAACAAGUCCUUUGACACUGUUCAGAUUUUAAAUUUAGAGUAACAGGUUGCAGGAUGCGGGUUUCUUGCAAUCACAUUCUAUUGGAUCAAGAUAUGAUUCUGUAGGUAGGUCAGGUCAGGUCAGGUCUCUAGGUUCUUACUUCUUAGCUGAGUUUUAGCUCCUUUUCUUUUCUCGAGUGCUCUUUCUGGGAACAUAGGCCAAUAUAAACAAAGGGGAUUUACCUUUCGAGUA